AAAGUAACUAAUCCUUUUCUCCACCCCCUAUUGCUGGUGGAGGUUUAUAGCUGAGUGACGCGAUUACUACUUCCUUUUCUUUCUGAGGCCGCCAUCGAGUAGCAGCGAGGUGCAGGCGGUCAACAUGGCCUGCGCUCGUCCUUUGAUAACUGUGUACUCCGAAAAGGGGGAAUCAUCAGGCAAAAAUGUUACUAUGCCUGCAGUGUUCAAGGCGCCAAUUCGCCCAGAUAUUGUUAACUUUGUCCACACCAAUCUACGAAAGAAUAGCAGGCAGCCAUUUGCUGUGAGCAAACUUGCUGGACAUCAGACCAGUGCUGAAUCAUGGGGUACCGGUCGGGCUGUUGCCCGUAUUCCCCGUGUCCGUGGGGGUGGAACUCACCGAUCUGGUCAGGGUGCCUUUGGAAAUAUGUGUCGUGGAGGGCGUAUGUUUGCCCCAACCAAGACAUGGAGGCGUUGGCAUCGUAGAGUCAAUCUAAACCAGAAGCGUUAUGCCAUUUGUUCUGCUCUGGCAGCUUCAGCCCUUCCUGCUCUCGUUAUGUCUAAAGGUCACCGUAUUGAGGAAAUCCCAGAAGUUCCUUUGGUGGUUGAAGAUAAAGUUCAAAGCUACAAGAAAACAAAGGAAGCAGUCCUUUUGCUGAAGAAACUGAAAGCCUGGAAUGACAUAAAGAAAGUUUAUGCCUCCCAACGUUUGCGUGCCGGCAAGGGUAAAAUGAGGAAUCGUCGUCGCAUACAGCGCAAAGGUCCCUGUGUUGUCUUCAAUGAAGACAAUGGCAUCAUCCGAUCAUUUAGAAAUAUUCCAGGAAUCACACUUCUCAAUGUAAACAAACUGAACCUUCUGCGGUUAGCUCCUGGUGGACAUGUAGGACGGUUCUGUAUCUGGACAGAAAGUGCCUUCCGCAAGCUAGACGCCCUCUAUGGCACAUGGCGCAAAAAGGCUACUCUAAAGGCAGAUUACAACCUCCCCAUGCACAAGAUGACAAACACAGAUCUGACAAGAAUCCUUAAGAGUCAAGAGAUCCAGAAGGCUCUCCGUGCACCAAACAAAAAGGUGAAGCGCAGGGAGCUGAAGAAGAACCCCCUGAAGAACUUGAGAAUCAUGAUGAGACUGAAUCCCUAUGCAAAAACUGCAAGACGCCAAGCCAUCCUGCGCCAGGCUGAGAAUAUAAAGGCUAAAGAGAAGAAAGCUGCUAAGUAAAAUGAAUGACUGGUGAACCAGCAGCACUUUGGCUUCUCAAUAAAAUCUGUUUAAACUUUA